CCCGCCAAACUCCAUUGAUCGGUGGUGCUCGAGAAGGAGGAGAUGGUGUCCCUGAAGCUGCAGAAGCGGCUAGCGGCGGCCAUCCUCCACUGCGGCCGGCGCAAGCUGUGGCUCGACCCCGGAGAGGUCGACCACGUCGCCAUGGCCAACUCCAGGAAAGAAAUAAGGAACCUGAUCAAGGAUGGAAUGGUUCUAAGGAGACCUACCAAGUUACACUCUCGGUUUCGCGCUAGACAAGCACUCGAAGCCAAGAGGAAUGGACGGCAUACCGGACAUGGGAAGCGUAGUGGUACUAAAGAAGCUCGGCUACCAACUAAGGUACUAUGGAUGAGGAGAAUGAGAGUACUUCGUCGUUUGCUAAGAAAGUAUCGAGAAUUGAAGAAGAUCGACAAGCAUGUGUAUCAUGAAGCAUACAUGAAAGUGAAGGGAAAUGUGUUUAGACAUAAAAGAGGGCUCAUGGAGAACAUUCAUAGACUCGAAGCCGAUAAGAGAAGAGACAAAGCUUUGAUCUAUCAAUUAGAAGCUAUAAGAAUCCAAAGCAAAGAUAAUUUUCAAAGAAUGAAGGUGAGUCAUAGAAGGGAGGAAUGUGCACCUCAGCUACGGUUGCUUGCUUAAUAAUCUUUUUUUUUCCCCUUUGUUUUCAAGAAUAUGAUUAGUGGUUUAGGCGUGUAAAUAUAAAAAUAUGUAGUCUUGUAUAGGUCAUACUGACCAAUUCAUAGUGUGUUACAACUCUUGUUUUAAAGAUUUAUUUAUUUUCCAACUUUGAUAAAAAAAAACAUUUACAG